AAGGAUACUUCUGGUCAAAAUCUCACACACAUAAAACCCACCACAACAACCAACCAGAACUUCCUCUUCCUCCUCCGUCUCCUCCGCCGUCCUCCUCCAUUCAAAAACCCUACAAGUAUGGAGUCGAGUUCGGAGCUGGUGAGAUCGAUUGAAUCGGCGUUAGGAGUGUCGUUGGGGAGCGAUACGGUGUUGGUGCUACUGACGACGUCGUUUGCUGUCAUCGUUGGGUUAGUGGUGUUGUUUUUGAAGAGAUCAAGUGAUCGGAGUAAAGAAGUGAAGCCUAUCGUGUUCCCCAAGUCCUUACACGUGGAGCCGGAGGAGGAGAUUGAGCUGGAACCUGGAAAAGUUAAGGUCACCGUAUUUUUCGGUACUCAAACUGGUACUGCUGAGGGUUUUGCCAAGGCUUUAUCAGAGGAGAUAAAAGCAAGAUAUGAGAAGGCAGUAGUAAAAGUUGUGGACAUGGAUGAUUAUGCUGCCGAUGAUGAUCUGUAUGAGGAGAAACUGAAGAAAGAAACAGUAGCAUUUUUCAUGGUGGCAACCUAUGGGGAUGGCGAGCCCACUGAUAAUGCUGCAAGGUUUUACAAGUGGUUCACUGAGGGACAAGAACGGGGCACGUGGCUGCAGCACCUUACCUAUGGAGUUUUUGGCUUGGGUAAUCGCCAAUAUGAACAUUUUAACAAGAUUGGGAAGGUGAUAGAUGAACAAUUAAGUGAACAAGGUGCAAAACGUAUUGUGCCUGUUGGCCUUGGUGAUGAUGAUCAGUGCAUUGAAGAUGAUUUUGCUGCCUGGCGAGAACAACUGUGGCCUGAGUUAGAUCAAAUACUUAGAGAUGAGGAUGAUGCAAAUUCUGCAGCCACUCCAUAUACAGCUGCAAUUCCUGAAUAUCGUUUGGUUAUCCAUGAUACCGCUGCGAGUCAUGAUGAUAAGCAUGCCAGCAUGGCUAAUGGAAAUACCUUCCUGCAGGAAAGAGCAGCAUUGAAGGAAGAUGGGGCUCAACUUGGUCCUGCUUUGUUGUUUUUUGGUUGUAGGAAUCGUAGAAUGGAUUUUAUUUAUGAGGAGGAGCUUCAGAGUUUUGUGGAUCAAGGUGUAAUAUCAGAGCUGAUUAUUGCAUUUUCAAGGGAAGGACCCCAGAAAGAGUAUGUUCAACAUAAAAUGCUGGAAAAGGCUUCCCAUGUUUGGAGUUUAAUCUCCCAGGAGGGAUAUCUAUAUGUAUGUGGGGAUGCGAAAGGGAUGGCCAGGGAUGUACAUCGUACGCUCCAUACCAUAGUCCAGGAGCAGGAUAAGGUCGACUCAACCAAAGCUGAGGCUAUUGUGAAGAAACUCCAAAUGGAUGGAAGAUAUCUCAGGGAUGUGUGGUGAUCAUAUUAAGGCCAGCACGUUUGGUCCCAUUUGUUUACUUUUAGCAAAGCUUGGUAAGGUCCUCCUCUCAGUUGCUUUGAGUUCCAGCAGCUAAAAAGAUUAUUACAGUCAAUAGCCAAGGUCUGGAUUCACUGCAGCAUCUAAGUUUUGUCUACUAAAUUGGUUAUUACUCUUUCAUUGGAGCAGAUAUAAUAACUUUAAAGUUCUGAUUAAUUUUUUAUAAGAGAUUCAGGACUGAUACAAAAAUUGUUAUAUUUAGUUGGUUAAAACAAUCCCAAAUCAUGUUGUAAUAUGUAUGGAAGACUUUUGUAAGAAUAGCUGUAUAAAUGAAGGGCGGGUAGAAUAAAUGUGUUGGUACACAUUUGUGCUUGCCAGUUUUUUAUUUAUUUAUUUUAAACAACAAA